CCGAGCUGCACCGCCAACCAACCGACUCAAUCAAACACAAGAAAAAUGGCUCUGAACGCACAGUCCGGACGGUUGCUGUUUGCCAUUGGCCUGCUCUCCACCUUCCUCCUGGUGUUCUGUCUCGACACAGCCGAAGCCCAGAUCAACUAUUCCCCUGGAUGGGGAAAAAGAAACGGAUUGGUCGCAGAAAGAGCUCACGAGGAGGAGAUGAUGACAGGCUCGUCGCCACGCGGGGUCAAUUUCUCUCCGGGCUGGGGCAAGCGGGGCAUGACAGGGGCCGCGGGGCCCGGACUCGUGCUGCCGCAGGAUCUGCGCGACCUCCCCUGCAAAUCCACCAUGGACACGAUUUUACACAUCUACAAACUUGUUCAGGCUGAGGCGCAGAAAGUGGCCAACUGCGAGAAAUUUGGCUCCGAAUGAUGGGAAUUGAACCGCGCGGCCCUUCCUUCUUAUUUUUAGAGAAAUUCAAAGACAGUAUGUGGACAAGAAAGAAAUGCAUUAGUUGAAAACUUUUUCAUCGAGAGGCUGGACUUUUCGUUUUUCCGCCAAAAUCUUUUGCUUUCUGUAAUUUGUUUCUCUUUGACAAAUGGAUUUUUAUAUAAUAAUGAUGAUAAUAAAAUUUUGAAACUGUGCAUAU